AGAUCAACAGCAGACCAGGCAGGCCCAGCACCGUAGCCCAGAGGCAGGCACCACCACGGGAACAUGGGGCGAAAGCCGGGCCCGGGGGCUCAGGAGCUGGCAGAGGAGGAGGCAAGGACCUGUUGCGGCUGCCGCUUCCCGCUGCUGCUGGCGCUGCUGCAGCUGGCCCUGGGCAUCGCGGUGACGGUGCUGGGCUUCCUCAUGGCGAGCAUCAGCCCCUCCCUGCUAGUCAGAGACACUCCGUUCUGGGCUGGGAUCAUUGUCUGCGUGGUGGCCUACCUUGGACUGUUCAUGCUUUGUGUCUCAUACCAAGUUGACGAGAAGACGUGUGUCCAGUUUUCUAUGAAGGUGUUUUAUUUCCUGCUGAGUGCCCUCGGCCUGAUGGUCUGCACGCUGGCCGUGGCCUUCGCCGCCCACCACUGUUCCCUGCUUGCACAGUUUACCUGCGAGACCUCCCUGGAUUCUUGCCAGUGCCGGCUGCCUUCCGCGGAGCCUCUCAGCAGGGCCUUUGUUUACAGGGAUGUGACUGACUGUAGCAGCAUCACUGGUACUUUCAAAUUGUUCUUAAUCAUCCAGAUGGUUCUAAACCUGGUCUGUGGCCUGGUGUGCUUGCUGGCUUGCUUUGUGAUGUGGAAGCACAGGUACCAGGUCUUUUAUGUGGGUGUUGGGCUGCGCUCCCUGAUGGCUUCUGAUGGCCAGCAACAAAAGGCCUAACAGGUUGGCUCAGUGGGAGACAAGCUCAGAAACAGCACACCCACCGGCCAGCCAAGGCGAAAACCACAAUUUUUUAAAGGCAAACUUUUGACAACAAAUACCUUUUCAUUCUCUAAAUGUGUAUUUUUAGAUUCCCCCCCCCCCGCCGAAAACAAAAAACCGUAUUUUUGGAUCUCUAUUGUACUUAAAAAAAAACAAAAAAAACUUUUUGUGAGCACAGGGGUGGAGAGACACGGCUCACAAGGGAAGAGGACUCACUGCUCUUGCAAAGGACUCGAGUUCAAGUUCAGUUCCAGAGCCCAAGUUGAGUGGCUCACAGCUACCUGGAUCUCCAGUUCCAGGGACACUGGGUGCUGUGCGCAUGCGCGCGCACAUACGUAAUUUUACAAGCCAACUUAUUUUUAAAGUUCUAAUGAGAAACAAGAUUCAAAUUGACUUGGUGAACACCAAAAGGAAAAGAACAACAGACAAGGGACGAAUGACCUUGAGCCGGUGCUAAGCUCUGGUGCCUAUUUAGCCCUAAGGCUCUCCCAUCCCCGCCCUCCUCUGCCUUUGUGUCAGUCCAGUGCGAUGGUGUGAACUGGCAACGCAGGCCACUCCCUAGACCCUAGAUUCUUCUAGCUCUUUCUGCCGCCUGCCAUUAUCCCCUUGGUGUCUUGAGAAAGGUCUAAGGAAAGCCGGGUCUCAGUUGAGAGCUUUUAUUUUUCACAGUGGAGAUGUCUUCAAGGUAUGAAAUGGCUUUUUAAAAAAACCUAGUAGAACAGGAAGGCUCAGUGAUUCCGAACACCUGGGCUGGGUGCAGCCUUCCGGUUGCCUUAGCUCGGAUCCAUGAGUGGGCUGCAGCCUCGUGAGGUCUGAUUCACCAUAAUUGAAAGGUGGUGCUGUUGUAUUCCUAACGACGUAGAAAGUUUAAAAAUAAUUAUAUUAUGCCUCUAGACUGUCAUCUAAAACAAAUCAUUAAGACUAAUUUCCAGCUAAUUGUUCAUUAAAAUUAUGCUCAGGAUUCUGUUUAAUGAGCUCUGGCUGUUCUUAGGCAGCACCGCUGGUGUUAGGAAAAAUUACAGCCACAAGGGAA